AUGUUGUUGGGGAAGAGACCAAGGCCUCCAAUGAAGAGGACCACAAGCAUGUCAGAGAUCACCUUUGAUCUGAACACCAUCAGUACUGAGGCAGCUCAAUCUCAACCGUCCGAUCCCAACAACCCUUUUAACCCUUUGGCCUUCUGGGGUGGUGGCGGUGGUGGAGGUGGGCUUGAUGGGUUGGAUCAAAGGCUCAUGAUGAAGAUGGCUUCACCAUCACCACCAUCACCAUCAUCACCAUCACCAAGAAGCCACAGAAGGAACUCGGCUGAUUUUGUAGAGACUGCCCACUUCUUGAGGGCUUGUGGUCUCUGCAAACGCCGCCUUGUUCCUGGCCGUGAUAUUUACAUGUACAGAGGUGACACUGCUUUCUGCAGCCUAGAGUGCCGGCAGCAACAGAUGAACCUUGACGAGAGGAAUGACAAGUGUUGUUCCACCGCCGGACGCCAAGUCUCCACCAAAGGCGAAACCGUCGCCGCCUUGUAG